UCUAAUGCAAUAACAUUCAUAUUCAAAUACAUUAGUGGGCCACUGUGCAUAUAUGCACAUGAUGUCAUUUCUGAACUUAAGACCAACAUGACAUGUGACAUGUCUGAGAUAACCACUAACCAAUUAUGAGAAAUUCACACCCAAAAAAGGACAAGAUGUAAAGUCACAGACAUACACACAGAGAAAGAGAGAGAGAGAGAGGAGAGGGGUGGAGGAAAACGCUGGGUGGAGUUUGUCUUCAUCUGAUGUCUUAAUGAAUAGAGGAAGAUUUGACUUUCAAGAGAGAGACAGAGAAACAGCUUGACUCUUACAUCAUAUGACAGAUGCGAUAUUUACACUUUCAAAAUGCCAACUAAAAUCACAGCAAGCAACAGCGUCAUUGUCCACACAGCAGAGCAACUGACCAAUCGCGUUAAAGAUCAAUGUGAGCCAGAUAUGAAUGUGUGGAUCAGAACCAGAUUACAGACAUCAUUACCCAGAAACCUCAGGUUUACAUAUCACAAUCAGAAGGUUCUGGGUGUUUUUACUACAGAAGAAGUUCCUGCUGGAACACAGUUUGGUCCGCUGCACGUAGAUCUUCUUCCAUCUGAAGAUACGCCAUCGGACAUCCGCAGGCAUCACAUCUGGACGAUCUUUGUAGAGGGAAGAUUACAUCACUUCCUGUCCCGUGAGGAUGAGAGCAGCAGCAACUGGAUGCUCUUCAUCAACUCUGCCCCGUCUCCUUGGCAACAGAAUCUUGCACCAUGCCAAAUUGGGAUGCAGAUUUACUUCUACACAAUAAGAGCUCUGAGGUCAGGGGAGGAGCUGCUUGUGGGGCGAAGCCGGCCAAUCACCAAUUUAGGAAUUUCUUACGUGAAACUGCCAUUUCCCACACACUCUCAGAAUCAUAAAAACCAACUGUGUGUGGAGAUACAAAAUCCAGUGAGGAAGAAAAAACGAGGUCACACCAUCACUGAGAUCCUGCAGUCUGACUACAGUUUUCCGACUACCAGAAGUCCCAUUACGCUUUAUCGAAAAGAGACUUGCACCCCUCAUUCCAAAUAUGACCCUAAAAGUAAAAAAGUGGCCCAGUCUGAAGUUAAGUCUGACAUCCCUAUGACUCUAAAGAUGACAUCUGACUCUACUAUCCCACAAAAGCACAUCUCCCCUUUCAUUCGUAAUGUGCAUUCACACCAACCAAAGGGAUUUGAUUUGACAACACCACAUGUGUCUCACGACAUUCCUCAUCCACCAAUUCGCAUGCAUCCAUCUUUCCUGAGACUAACAUCUAAUAAGAAUGACCUUCCAUUGGCGUCAACCGAUAGAAAUGACCUUGGACUUCCGAAAGCCAAUGAGGUGAGCGUUCCUGUGAAGACCAAUCUUAGGAACCACAGUUCGACAUCAACAGAACUUAAAGAUGAAACAAAAUUUUGUAUCUCAACCCCACCACCAAAUCUCUCCAGAGCUACUGAUGAUGACAUCACAGCCAAGAAAGAGUCAUCAGAGGUGGGUGUGGCUGCCCCGGGUGUCUCUAGCUCCUCCCACCAUGACAUAGACUUGCAGGAUCUACGCAUGACAAAGCAUGAACAGACAAUAGGUUAUCGGGCAUUACCGUACCCGUUACAGAGACGCAAUGGAAAGAUUCAGUAUGAAUGCAAUGUAUGUGGGAAGAACUUCACUCAGCUCUCAAAUCUGAAGGUGCACCUGAGAGUCCACAGCGGUGAGAAACCGUACCGAUGUGCUACCUGCCGGAGAAACUUUUCCCAACUAGCUCACCUCCAAAAACACAUCCUGGUCCACACGGGAGAAAAACCAUACGGAUGCCAUGUGUGUAACAGGCAUUUCAGCAGCAGCAGUAACCUGAAGACUCACCUGCGUCUUCACUCGGGUGAGCGGCCAUACGUCUGCAAGCAGUGCCCCGCCCGCUUCACCCAGCACAUCCACCUGCGCCUCCACAGACGCCUGCACGCCUCCCCACGACCACAUCAGUGUCCAGAGUGCUUUCGCAGGUACACACACCUGUGCAGCCUACAGAUUCACCUGCACCGAUUUUGUCCUGCCACCAGUCUCACAGGCUCCGCCUCUCAGUUGAGCCUAGCCAAUGAAGAGGUGGAGAAGUUCGACAUGAGUGAUGCUGCAGGGAACCUUGAGGUUGUCAUGGAGAUGGCAUCUAUAGAGAAGAUGUGUCAGAUGAUCUGGGCACGAGUGCUUGCAGUUCCGUCUGAUCACCAGCAGAGAGCAGCACAGAAGGCCUGUACAUAAUAAAAACAGUGAUGAUGAAAAAUGUAAGGUUACUAUUAGUGAGCAAGAUAGAGAUUUAUCAACGUGCACAUGUGCUUGUAUAUUAUUUAUAGUUAAUGACAGAACAGUGUUUUGGUAUGAAAAAAUCUAAUAUGCCAUACUUAAAUGUACUUUGUAGCUAAAUGUUUUUGUAAUUAUCAAAAGAGACUUUAUAUAAUGACCCGUAUAUCUGCCUCAGCACUGAAAUAAAAAUUUUUAUAGUAGCAUUGAUAUUCAAACCUAUCUUUGUUCAGAGUUAAUUUAUGUAGGCUUACAUGUUUAUAAUUUUUAUAGCAAUUUUUUUUGUGUUAGAAAUAAAACUAUGGGGUGGUUUCCCAGACUAAAAUGCAUGUUUGAGCUAAUUUAAUUUCAAAACACCUUGUACUGACAUAUUUUAUAUCACUGCCUUUGUUUUGUCUCAAGAUGCACACCUGUAUUGUUUUUGUAAGGUUUAUUUGUAAAAACUUCUUAAAUGUCCUAAAAUAACUAAGGCCUAGUCCUGGAUUAAUCUAAACCCUGUUUGGGAAACCACCCCUAUAAGUUUUGCUAUACGCUGCAGAAAAAACAUCUUGUGUCACUUUAUAAAUGCACUGUACUAAACGAUGUGAUCUCAAAUGACAA